CAGUUUCCCAAGUCUUAUUCCCCAUUUCUACGAGCCACUCCUUCUUACCCAUCGAACCCAUACGUCGAAUGCCGCCAUCGCCGACCGCAACCUCAGCCUCGGCCGCUGCUGCUGGUUCUUUAUCAUCCACCUCAUCGGCAACUGCUGCCUCUGCCUCAGCCUCGUCCGCGACCCUGCCGGACAAGCCAUCCGCGAGUAGUGCAUCGGGCUGGGCGGCGACCGGCGAGGUCCUUGCGCGGUCCAUUGCGCGCAUCCCGCAUCCGCCGCUCUGGCUGCCAGUCAGCGCAAGUCUCUUUGCAGGAGGCGUCGUCGUGUACCACGUCCUCUUCACAUACGGCCUGUCGACAGCCAUCUUUGCCUACCACCCGUUGCUCAUGGCCAUCGGGUACUUUAUGUUGCUCUUGCCAGCUUCACACUUUCUGGGCAGAUACUCGCCGCUGCCGCAAGGCCAAGCAAGCUUCCCAAGAGCGCGCAAGGUGAACUGGCAUUGGAUUGCAAUGGCCGUGGCGAUGGUUGCCAUUGUCGGUGGGUUUUACGCCAUCUACGAAUCGCGCACCAGAAACAACAAAAUCCACUUCAAGUCGUGGCACGCCAAGAUUGGCGUCGCUGCGAUCGUCUUUGCCAUCGUGCAGGGCUUCUCGGCGCUGCCAAUGCGAUUCCCAAAUCUCCGACCUGCUGGCUUUGAUAUGGGCCAGAACGUGCGCCUUCACCGCAUCUGGUCGGUUGUCGUCCUUGCCGCAACGGCCGUCUGUCUGAUUCUGAGCUUUUUCACCGGCUGGUUUCUCCGGAACUCGUCGCUAUCCAUGGCACUCGUUAUGGUCUUGUGCGUUGUUGUGACUGUCGGCUCUGCGUGCCGCUCGGCAUUGAGGUUGUAGAUCCGAUUCAUCUGGAAAUCAAACGUUGAAUGUCAACUGACCAAGACGUGCCAUCAACAUCCUCACCUGCCAUUGCUUUUGCCAGUCUGUGCGCGAUUGAUUCAUUGAUUGAUUGGCGCGCCAGCGAGUGCGCAAUGUGGCAGUGUUUUUUUGUACAACAUCAUGCUUAUUCAGU